UGGGGCUCGUUGCCUAGCAACACAAACUGAUAAAGAAAGAAAUCACAUUCACCCUUUCAAAUGAAUUUUAAACAAGGUAAUGGAAAAUGGACAGCAAAUUCAAUAACUUAUUCCGCAGUGGGAAAGCAGGUUGAAUUAUUCAAUAAUUCCCAAACAAUUUUGAUAUGGAACCAGCUGACGGUCCGAGCGUAGAAACGGGCAGUAAAGAAAGAGAGCUAAUAGAAAAGCUACUCGAUUCUAGCGAGAGUCGAGAGGAAGAAGAUUUUGACCGUGUCGUGUUCUCGAGCAGCUGGGAUGAAGUCACUUGUGGAUGGAAACGCACAGCGCCAAACGUUCGAUAUAUUUCAUCCGCUGAUCGAAAGAAGAAGGCUAAAGACAAAUGUUGGCGAAAUAGCCCGGAUUCGGAAAGUCAUUACGCUAAAGUGAAGCGUCUCGCUGGAAUGAUCACGAAUUCGAAUUCGAACGUAAAUAGCGUCACUGAAAUAAACAAGGUAAAAACAGGAGGAACGUGGCCAGGAAAUAAGACUGUGAGAACAAAUAUGCGGAAUUUUCAAAACGCUGAUGUGCUAUCUUAUGACAGCCCUUGCUGGAGAUACAUUAUUGAUCCUCGAACGUUGGAAUAUGUCGAGAGAACUCCGCUUCAAGUGCUCAGAAACAUGACUGCCUCUCACAAAUAUCCGAACCAAACGCUUCUUCUUGAGAACGGUGGCAUGAUCACUUUUCAAGAGACCAGCAAUGGAAGCAUUUCUAUCAGCGAUCCGGCGCAGACCUUUGAUCGUCGUCUCCUGGAGAACUUAGAUCUGAAAGGAGAGUUCUUUGUUGAUAAGCGCAGGUUUCCUUUCUGUUUCGAGCCUUCCGUUCGUGUUCCGUUGAUCACCCAAUACCGAACCGAAGAUCAUAAAAUCAAAGUGAUUCACGCAGUAGCUGCACGGAAGGAAAACCCAGUGGUUUCAUUCUGCGAUUUAUGUCAAUUGAGACCUCAGGAUAUCGUCAAACCUUCCUCAAAAGUUGAGAUUUCUACGAACAGUUCAACGGAGCUUAAGCCUCUGCAGAAGAUUACACCGGCACAGCGGCAAACUGCUGAUGACAGCAUCUUGGCAAGUAAAGUUUUGGGGUCACACUCUAAAAAAUUGGACGAUUCCACUAGUUCAAAAGGGUCCAAAAAAACGAAGGAUCAGAGGGUUGUGAGCCAAAAAAGAAAAUCUGGCCCGGUAGGGGAGGGUAAGUUGGACUGGCUGCCAAUCACCAGGAACACCAUUGGAUACCCAUAUCCUUCAACAGUUGUGAGUCAGCCUCAUGGUAAAUUUGCUGAAAGGUCAUCAGCUGGUUUCACCAAGGCAUUCUCUUUACCAAAGUGCAACAAGAAAGGAAAGAAACUGACUCUGAGUGAGGCUGCAAAUAUAGUGCCAAGUACGGGAAAGCUGGAUGAUGCACUGAAAAAACUGUCCCAAGAGAUGGACAGAAAGGUGAAGAAAGGCCUCAGCUUUUCUGAGCCCUUGUUGCCACGUGUUUCUGGAACAAAACUGGAAGUCCCAGCUUUGGCUAAUAUAUGUGACAAAUGAUGUCAGAGAAUGCCAUAAAUCAUACUUCAUCAGGCAUGCAAAAUGUUAGAACUUCCACAGCAUCCAAGCAGACAUUUAAGUAUAAGCUAUAAUAAUAAACAUCUUCGCAUGCAUUACUCUACUACCCCUAAGCCUACAAGUUCAUGGGAAAAAAGCUUGAUCACUAUAUACCACUGACAUAGGAGUAAAGCUUGUCAUUAUGAUCUGUAUUUAUUUCCUUGAUAAGUUGUUAAUUUCUUUUUAGUUAAAAUGUAAAAGUUUCAAGUCAUUUCUGAUGAUGAAUAAUACAACACCUCAGUCAGAACUGAAUUUAUAAUCUUGGUUGCUGAUUUCUGUACAUCAUUUCUGAAGUUUACAAUGCUAUAAACUGAGUGUUUUUAAUUUUAGAAAAUUUAAGUUAGUACUGUCUUUGUUAGGGUUAGGAAUCAUUGACAAAGAAAUGAACAAUGUUAAUAGAUGAUUCUUUUUUCUAUUACAGAUACUUCAGUUUUAACAUUAGUAGUACUCAACAAAAUCAGGAAAUUUAUUUCAUUGGUGUACACAUUCAGCUCAAUCCUCAGUUUUUAAAUAAUGACAAAUGCAUAGUUCUCUAUUUUUCAAUAAAAGAAAAGCAACUUCAAUCAGUUAA